UGUGCUGCCGGCAUGGUGAAGCAGGAGCCUGCUGGGGCGUCGGCGCUGGCGGCGGGGGGGCAGGCCGCUGCUGCCACUGCCGCCACUGCCGGGGUGAGGCUGUCCCGGCGUCGCUGGAUCGUGUUGCUGCUGUUCAGCAGCUACUCCCUGUGCAACGCUUUCCAGUGGAUCCAGUACGGCAGCAUCAACAACAUCUUUGCGCGCUUCUAUGGAGUGAGUGCCUUCGCCAUCGACUGGCUGUCCAUGAGCUACAUGCUCACCUACAUCCCCCUGCUCUUCCCUGUCGCCUGGCUGCUGGACAAGAGGGGCCUGCGCCUCAUCGCCCUGGCAGGCUCGGCCCUCAAUGCCCUGGGUGCCUGGGUGAAGCUGGGCAGCCUGAAGCCUCACCUCUUCCCCAUCACCGUCCUGGGGCAGGUCAUCUGCUCCCUGUCCCAGGUCUUCAUCCUGGGCAUGCCCUCGCGCAUCGCCUCCGUCUGGUUUGGCUCCCGCGAGGUCUCCACUGCCUGCUCCAUUGCUGUCUUUGGGAACCAGCUUGGCAUCGCUGUGGGCUUUCUGGUCCCUCCAGUUCUGGUUCCCAAUGUGGAUGAUGCAGAGAAGCUGGCCUACCACAUCAGCAUCAUGUUCUUCAUGACUGCAGGUGUAGCAACAGCCCUAUUCAUCUUGGUCGUCAUAGUCUUCAAGGAGAAGCCUCUGCACCCUCCAAGCCAAGCUCAGGCCUUGGUCCAGUCAAGACUGACAGAGGAGUAUUCCUACAUGCAAUCAAUCCUCCGUCUGUUCCGCAAUGCCAACUUCGUGCUACUUAUGGUCACCUACGGUCUGAAUACAGGUUGCUUCUACGCCCUGUCCACUCUGCUGAACCGCAUGGUGAUCCUUCACUACCCAAGGGAGGAGGUGAAUGCUGGCAGGAUUGGACUCACCAUUAUACUGUCGGGUAUGGCUGGGGCUCUGAUCUCUGGCAUCUGGUUGGACAGAACCAAAACCUACAAACAGACAACACUUGUCGUCUAUAUCAUGUCUCUUGUGGGAAUGAUAGCCUACACCUUCACUCUGAGCUUAGGCCACCUCUGGGUGGUCUUUGUGACUGCAGGCAUGCUGGGGUUUUUUAUGACGGGAUACCUUCCCCUGGGCUUUGAGUUUGCUGCAGAGUUGACAUACCCAGAAUCAGAAGGAACAUCAUCAGGGCUCCUUAAUGUCUCGGCACAGAUUUUUGGUAUUGCCUUCACCAUUGGCCAAGGGCAAAUCAUGGAUCACAUUGGGACAAAGGCAGGAAACCUAUUUCUUUGUGCCUUCCUGUUACUGGGAACCAUUAUGACAGCAUUCAUUAAGGCUGAUCUCCAAAGACAGCAGGCCAAUUUGGAUAACGAACAGACAAGACUCCAAGGCAGCAAUCAGAUCAUGGAUUAUGGGACUGUAGCCUGUAACCCUAACUCCAUCAAUUCCCAUUCCUGCUCACUAGCUCAUACACAAAGAUGUCAGUCUUGCCCCACAGUGAGAAAGUGAUGCCAGAAGCCUGCACUGAUGCCAUAGUCCUUGAGGAAUCAAAGCUGUGAAUGGAGGGGUGGCUCCAUUCAGGGGAAUGCAGUCCCCCUCAUUCCCAUCUUUGCUACCAAACCCAUCCUCCUGUUACAUGC